AUGAGGCUGCGACAGGGACAUGCGCCGCUUCUCCUCCUGCUCCUUCCGGCGCUCGCCCUUGCCUCUUCCGCCCCUGACGUCGACACGAGGUCGCUGGACGAUUCCAUCUCUGGCUCGACAAAGGCAAAGUCAGAUGUCGGCACGAAAGAUGCCCCGGUAGAUGGCAAAGAUGGCAAACCGCAUAGCGGGCCCUUCGUCGACACCAGCAAAUCGUCCGACUCUACAGCCUCCAGGAAGGAAAAGUCCAUCAUCGAGGAUAUAGUGCCCGACAAGGCCGGCUUGACUUCGGCCCACGGCAAGAGCAAGGACAACCCCGAUGCCGACAGUGUCAUGGACGAUCCUCACCACCAGCCUCCCAAGAAGGGCACCACCGGUACCGAGGGGGGUGUGAGCGAGAAGGACAAGGCACGCAAAGAACAGGAGGUCAAGACCGGUGAGAAGGCCGAAAAGGUACCAGACUCGCCCAAGGAGGCGCCGCCUCUGCCCCAGAGCGAGCAGCAGAAGAUCGCCGGCGACAAGAGCAGCAACAAAGACAAAGUCAAGGGCACCAAGAACACCAAAGGUGACAAGCUCUCGGACGAUUUUACCGGCCUCGAGAAACCAGAGGACCUGCCCGACAAGCUUCGAGACAGCCCCAACCCCCUCCCCAACUCGGCCGCCAAAGAUCAUCUCGAGGUCACCAAGCCCAAGCCCAAGAAGGACUGGAAGGAAGACGCCGACGAUGGCGGUGAUGGCAUAGUUCAGCCCUUUCACUCGUUCGUCUUGUCUCUGACCAUGAUCUUGGUCUCCGAGAUUGGUGACAAGACCUUCCUGGUCGCUGCUCUGAUGGCUAUGAAGCACGAUCGGAUGCUGGUCUUCUCGGCUGCAUUUGGGGCUCUGCUCGUCAUGACAGUCCUCUCCGCUGUUCUGGGCCACACGGUGCCUACGCUCAUUCCCAAGAAGUUCACUGCGUUCCUAGCUGCCGGCCUCUUCCUGGUCUUCGGACUCAAGAUGCUGCGCGAGGGCAUGGCCAUGGACCCGAACGAGGGCGUAUCAGCCGAGAUGCAGGAGGUUGAGAUGGAGAUUCAGGAGAAGGAGCAUGAAGCCCGGAAGCUGGGUCGCCGCCGAUCCUCGGUCACCCCCUACGCGAUGGAGUCGGGCUUCGGACGCAGCCGUAAGUCGAGGUCGCAGUCCCGCUUCCCGACGCCUCCAAGAAGUCCCUCUACAUCCCCGGCUCGGAGCCCGUCUCCUCGCGGCGGGUUUAUUGGCGGUGUCAGCCAAGGCGUCUCGAACCUGGCUUCUCUGCUACUGAGCCCGGCGUGGGUGCAGACAUUCGUCAUGACGUUCUUGGGCGAAUGGGGCGACCGCAGUCAGAUUGCCACAAUUGCGAUGGCCGCCGGUCAGGACUACUGGUGGGUUACUCUGGGUGCCAUGGUAGGCCAUGCUUGCUGUACCAGUGUCGCCGUCCUUGGCGGUAAAGCCAUUGCCGGAAAGGUCAGCUUGAAAGUUGUCACUGUUGGUGGCGCCGUGGCAUUCUUGGUCUUUGCUUUUAUCUACUUCAUCGAGGCAUUCUAUGCAUAA